AUGCCACCGAAGAAGGUUGAUUUGAAAAAGCAAGAAGCCGACCGAUUGGCAGGUAAUCUUGAUUUGUUUACGUUAUUUUUGUUUUAGGUACAUGGAUAAUAUAAUUUUGGCUAGAAAAUUAUAGAGCUACGAGGUAUCUUGAGGCAGCUUUAUAGAAAGGUAGUAAUAGAACUUUUCUAACUUUCUUAUUAAACAGAGUUGUUUAUGAUGGUUUUAAAGGUCUAAAAAUGAACAGAGGAUAUAAUUGGCAUGGUUAAUAUACUUUUGAUCGCAAAAAUCAUAUAGCUUUUUGAUAACUAAAUGAAUAUUUGUAAAUAGCAAGAACAUUGUGUUGUUUUACGAUCUAUUAAAUGUUUAUGUUACUUCAUCUUUCUAAACAUUUUAAAACUUAAAAACAAGACAUCAACAUCAAUUAACAACCGAAUUCAAUAUAACGUCUAAUUCUUUGUGUUACAGAGCUGUUGAAGGCGAUGUUGAACGAAGAAGAGAAUAAGUAUUGUGCUGAUUGUGAUGCCAAACAACCUCGAUGGGCCAGUUGGAAUUUGGGCGUGUUUUUGUGCAUCAGAUGUGCUGGACUGCACCGAAAUCUGGGUGUUCACAUUUCCAAGGUAAAAUUUUUUGUAUUUAUUAUUUGUGUUUAGGUACGGAAUUGGUUACAAGAGGUUGAAAAGGAUCUAAAAAUGUAUUUUAAAGUUGUUUUUGGGUAUCUGGAGCGUUAAAAACAGAUAUUUUAAGUUUUUUUUAGGUAUUAAAUACUAAUUUUAACGAUAAUAUGCUGCCUAUUUUAAAUUUUUGGUAAAAUACGACGGAUAAAUGGUUGAAUUGAAAUUUUGUAUUGUUUUAGGUUAAAUCCAUUUCAUUAGACACUUGGUUACCAGCUCAAGUCCAAUCAAUGAGAGUUAUGGGUAAUGCCAAGGCGAAAGCCGUCUACGAAGCGACUUUACCUGAUAGUUAUCGUCGGCCUCAAAACGACCAGGCUUUAGAACACUUUAUUAGGGCAAAAUAUGAAGCCAAAAAGUAUAUCAUGAAAGGAUGGGUACCACCAACAGUCGAUGUUAAUGAUCUGCCGCCUUUAACUGAACCUGGUGGGUUUUGAAAUGAAAUUUUAGAAUAAUGAUAAAGUGUAAACAUGACAAAUGAUGUUUUUCUAUGAUUAGGAGGUUCUGAUGAAUCGAGAAAUGCUGUAAAAAGUUUGACUUUUGAAUUUCAGCGAAAACGGCAAAGAAAUUCGUGGCGAUCGGUAACGUUUCACAGCCGGCUCAGGCAGCUUCAGCUCAAAAACAGGCUGACAGUUUGGUGGAUUUGUUUGAUACGGUAAGAGAAGAUGGGCUAGAAAGACAUUUUGAGCCAUUAUUUUUGAUUUUUCAAAUUUGAAAUUUUUAAAAAAUUGAAAAUACGUCUAUAUUGAGGUAGAUUUUGGUCUAUUUUAUCUAAUAUCUAGCAUUAUUUUAGCCCAAGUUUAAUAUAUUUAAGUCACAAGAAAGAUAUUUUUAAUUUCUUUCAAUAUUUAACCACUAUAUUUUAUCUAUGCUUCUAUUUUCAUCAAUAAAACUAAUAUUAUGUUACCCUACAGGCUUCACCAGCAGCUCCAGCCCAAUCUCAGUCCAAUGACUUGUUUUCCCUGAAUUCUCCGGAAAAACAACAACCAGCAGCUACAAAACAACCCUCAGCUUCUUCAGGCGGAGACUUGGAUGACUUAUUUGGUCCCAUCGUAUCAGCACCAGCUCAGAGCACCAGGCCAAGUCAAGCCGAUGGUUUGGCUGAUGGGUUGGCUGGACUAAAUUUUUCCGCUCCUUCUAGUGGUACUAAAAGUAAGAUUUUAAGGGUUUAAAAGUUUACGGGUUUGCGCGUCUACCCUUAUAUUUUUUAGUGUUGGGGGUGGUAAUUUUAAGGUGCGAUGAUUUGUUAAAGCGGCUUUUUUUGUUUUUUUUUAAUGCCAGGGACAGUUCAUAAUAGAUAUUUUUCAGAAACUACGGAUGAUAUCAUGUCAUUGUUUAAUAACCCACCAGCUAAUAACGUGAAUAGUAAGUUUAUUAUCUUUUUUUGAGAUUUUAGGUAACAAAAUGCCGUUUUGAGAGGAUUUUACGUAAUAAAAUGGCAUUUUUUUGUGAAUUUUAGGUAACAAAAUGCCACUUUUUGAAAGUUUAGGUAACAAAAUACCGGUUUUGGAUGAUUUUAUGUAACAAAAAUGUUUUUUUUUUCUAAUUUUAGGUAACAAGACGGCAUUUUAACAUUAGUUUUACAAAGAAAAAAAGUUUUUUAGGUUAUUUAAGUAACAAAAACCUAUUUUUUAUUCAAAAAAUGCUAUUUGUGUGUAUUUUUACGUAACAAUUUAUCAAUUUCAGACUUGUACAACCCACCAGCUCAACAAAACCAAGCUCAAUUCCCAGCGGCUUUCGGCCAAGCUCCAGCCCAAUCUCAAAACUGGGCUAACAACUGGUCGACCCCCGCUCAAACUCCAACUAGUCCAGUUCAACAGUUCUUGGCCCAACCGAUCGGUCAAGCUUUCCAGGCCCAGAACUUUGCUUCAGGACAGAACGUUGCGUCAGGACAGAACUUUGUCUCAGGGCAGAACUUUGCAUCCAGCGCUCCAGCUUAUCAAGCACAAAGUCGACCGGUCGAAACGAACGCUUUUGACGACUUGUUCUCACAAGCUCAAACUCACUUCCAGUCCAACAACUUUGCGGCCCCAAAACCCGCCCAACCGGCCGCCACCACCGCUCCUACGGCUCAAAACGAUCUGGAGUCGUUGUUUAUGUAA